CUGGAUCUGCGCUGCUUCUCUCUCUCUCUCUCUCUCGCUCUCUCAACGUGAUAACCGGGGGCCUUCUCUCUUCCUCAGCGUGUAAGAGUCAAACAAACUCUCUCCCACCGUGUCGGUGCAUUUUGAGCACAAUCUCGACAACAGUUCUCGAUUAUUUCAAGCCACAUCACAUCUCUUAUUUAUAUACCUUCCUCUUCCCAUCAUCGUCUUCAUCAGCAUUUGCUACUCUCAAAGGCCUAAAUUUCACUCUUUGGAGUCUCAAGGCCUGAAGUUUUCUUUCUGAAAGAAGAGAUGAGUUUGGUCAGUAAUGGAAAGGGUAACCUGGAUUGUAAUGGUACAGUCAAACCCUUUAAGAUCUUUGUGGGUUAUGAUCCCCGUGAAGAUCUAGCCUAUGAAGUCUGUUGCCAUUCGCUUCUGAAACGAUCUUCAAUCCCCAUCGAGAUCACACCGAUAAAACAAUCUGAUCUGAGGAAGAGUGGGUUGUAUUGGCGCGAGAGAGGCCAAACUGAGAGCACUGAGUUCUCAUUUUCGCGCUUCUUGACACCAUACCUGGCGAACUAUGAGGGUUGGGCAAUGUUUGUAGAUUGUGAUUUCCUAUACUUGGGUGACAUUAAGGAGUUGCGGGAUUUGGUUGAUGAUAACUACGCGAUGAUGUGCGUUCAGCAUGAUUACACCCCCAAGGAGAAGACGAAAAUGGAUGGAGUCGUGCAGACAGUUUACCCUAGGAAGAACUGGUCUUCAAUGGUGUUGUAUAACUGUGGGCACCCAAAGAACAGGGUGUUGACCCCAGAUGUAGUGAAUUCUCAGACUGGUGCCUUCCUCCACAGGUUUCAGUGGCUCGAGGAUCAUGAAAUUGGGUCAAUUCCAUUUGUAUGGAACUUCCUCGUAGGGCAUAAUAAGGCCGAGGAGAAUGAUCCAUCAACAUUCCCCAAAGCCAUACAUUACACACUUGGGGGGCCAUGGUUUGAGGCUUGGAAGGACUGUGAGUUUGGGGACCUGUGGUUGAAUGAAAUGGAGGAGUACAAGAAGGAAGCAAACAAGAAAACCGAAAACUAAACCCAUGAUUUUGAUUACAAAUUAUUCAGGUAUAUAGUAGCUAUAAUCAUAUGCUCUUAAGCACUCUUUUUUCGGGCUUUCAGAUUUGUUAUUGGUUUAGUAGAUAUGAUAUUGAUUUUAUUAAGUGUUGGGUAUUGUUGUUUCAAUAGUUAUUAACAGGGCAUUGCAGGCAUAUAUGCAUAUACACAUGUAUGAUCUUGCCUUAUAUCUCUAAUGUUUCAGCAUUUGUUUCUUUCUUUAACAGCUUAAUUCCAAUAUUUGGGGUGUAAUAACUCUUGCUUUGUUAUAAAUUAUGAAAAAGUUAUUAUAUUAUCAGUA